AUGACCAAGGUCCCGCGGCUUCUUUUCCGUUGGUCGUGGCUCACGUGGCUCGUGCUCGCGUACUGGAACAAGGCCAAGUCGUAUCUGCUUUAUUAUCUCACCCUGUGGGUGUGGAGACCGCUUGUGACGCGCCUGGGAAGCGGCAGGAGGAAUCUUCUGGCUCACGAGGCACCCGAUGAAGGAUCCGGUCCGUCAUCUUUUGAUUAUAGCGUUACUACGGCACCUGGGGACGCUGUGAUUGGACCUUCUGGACUCGUGAACAUUGGCAACUUGUGCUUUGUGAACGCUGUACUGCAGUGCCUUGCGACUGUUCCAGAGUUUGUCGAGAGUGUGGACCGAGCGUUGCGUACACGGAAUCAGCUCUAUUCCAGUCAAAUCGAGAACGAUACUAUUGAGAAUAAGGUGUUGGUAGCAGAGACACUUGUGAGUUUAUUGAGAGGCAUUGGCCAUGAGGUCGAGCUGAACGUGGAACUUGAAGCAGACGGUGAACAGAAUCACUUGGGCCGUUUGGCUCGAGACGACAAUCAGCAAAAGCUGCGAAGCUUUCGCUCGGCAGCAAGUCAAUGCACUUACUUGGUGUCUAGUGCAGCCUCGAGACAGGAACAACAGGAUGCUGAGGAAUUCCUCUCGUUCUUGCUGGAGUUAUUGCAUGAUUUGCUGCGAGUUUCGGCACAGCCGACUCGACAGGAAGAAGAGCGGCAACGCUUUUUGCAGUCGGAAGACUGGUUCUUGCAGCAGUUGAAGAAAUGCGACCCGAACGAUCCACGUUCGUAUAUACAAGCAGUGGCAAAUAUUGGCGACGUGAGAUGGAACUACUUUUUGCGACAGAAUGCCUCGGCGAUUACUGAUCUUUUUUCAGCGCAGACUGUGCGAGGUUCUCAAUGCUGUAGUUGUGCGAACCUCACGUGUCUUCACGAAGAACAACGGAUAUUUUCUCUUGCGAUUUCUUCAGGAAAUGAAGACCAAACGCUUGCCGAGUGUCUAGAACGCUUUCGUCAUCCAGAGCAGCUUACUGGAGAGAAUCGCGUAUACUGCGAUGGCUACUGCCGUGCUAAGACAACUCGCCUGACGCAGAUUCUUCUGCAGCGUGUGCCACCAGUGUUAGUAUUUCAACUGCAACGGUUUAAGCACACAUCCUUGAAGGGGCAAACAGAGAAAGUGGAUACGCCGGUGAGUUUUCCGUGUGGGAAGAAUGACCCCCUGGACAUUACCAUGAACGCUUUUAUGCGAGACGAAGAAGGUCGCGCGACGUUCGAGUUGACCGCAGUGUGCGCUCACGUUGGCAGCUCCAUCGACUCCGGCCAUUAUGUCGCGUAUGUGCGCCACGAAUAUUCACGUCACGACGCUAUACGUCCCGAGCAAUGGCUUCGGAUUGAUGAUGAAGUAGUUUCCGUUAUUGAUGAAGCACAGCUACGAAACGAGACGCUGUGUUCUGCAUAUCUCCUCUUCUACGCUCAAGCACCCAGGCGAGAAGACGGUGAUUGA